UGUGGAAUAUACCCAAUUAAGGUCUAAAUUAGCUGAAUGUCCAUAAUUAUGGAUAACCCAAAAUAUAUGAGUGAAUGUGUGGAAUAUAUCCAAUUAAGGUUCAAAUUAGCUGAAUGCCCAUAAUUAUGGAUAACCCAAAAAUGAGUAACUUUUUGACACUGUGCAGACGAAAAUAUCCUCAUGCUUUAUCGAAAACAAGUAACUCUAGAUUUAUCAGCUAAAUAUUUACAUAGCAGGUAACAAUCUACAUAUCAACUAACAUAUCAGCUAAUAAUUUCAGUAUCAUCUAACAAUCUAUGUAUCAAACAAAUGUAUCGACUAACAAAUCAUAUAUCAGUUAAUGAAACUAUUAACAAUUAAUUAGUUAUCUAUCAAAUAGCCCCAAAACUAUUUGUAACAGCUAACACUUCAUGUAUUGAUUAAGAAUCCAUUAAAAUCUAAAUAAUAGCAGUUAAAUAAUAAAAUACCUACUAACGUAUAUAUUAUCUAAAAGUUGAUUAUGAGUCAAAAUUAGAAACAUUGGAAUUGGGGUGAGAUAAUAAGAUUAGCAUUAUGGAUGUCAAAAGAAUCAGAAUAAAAAUAUAAAGAUUUGUAUUGAAUUAGAAGAUGAUUUGAAGAAUCUAUACGAGAGAUAAAGAGAUUAGAACACAUAAAAGGGAAAAGAGAGAGAGAUAGAGAUAAGGAUAUUAUAGUCAUAAAAAUAUUAAAAAGAAACAAGGAUAUAUAGCAAGUUAUAUGGGCUUUUGGGUGCAUUCUUACCAAUUACUCUAUAUAUCUUAAUAUAUAAAGUUGACUUGUGUGAUGUGCACAGCCCUCCACCUCAUCAAGAAGGAAGGAGCGUUUUUCGACACCUGUCAGCUCCAGAGUAGGUCGGUGUGGCCCACGCUCCCUCCCCAUUCUCGCGCGCGUCGUGUUGUCUAUACGCUCCUUUGUUGCUCGCGCGUCCCGGAGAGGCCGAAUAUAUGGAUGUUUGGGCUUAAGUAUAUUAAGAUAGGCCCAUAACAUUUUAAGGGUUAUUUGCCCCUGCGUCAUUCUUCUUCUCCCGUGCCUCCACCCUUCAAGAGAAACCAUUGAAACCGUGAAGCCAAAACGUCCCAGAAUCAUAACUCUUACAUUUAAUCUUCCAUUCAAAGCUCCACUCUUCCUUCAUAAUGAUUUCGAUCUAUCUCUUCGUUCACCCUCAAACCGUCUCGGACUCCAUCUAUAAAUAUCGGCGCUCACUUUCCCUUCACCUCGCAACUGAAACGAUUUGCUCAAACACACGAUCUCCUAGAAGCAACGUUUUCAGAUGGCGAAUUCAUACACUCUGCUUGCGAAUUUGAGAGCCGGUCGAUGCUCUAAUACUGCUGAGGUCCGCUUGCUGAGGUUCUGGGAGGCCAGAGAUAUCAACAAAGGAGGGGAGCUGAUUAGUAUUGAGAUGCUGCUCAUCGAUGAGGCUGAUACCCUGGUUCAAGGGUGUGUUUCUGCUGUUCACCAACGUAAGUUCAGGGAACGUCUUGCUGAAGGAUCGGUUUACACUCUCAGCGGGUUUGACGUUACACGCAGCAAACCGAAAUUCAAAUUGAGUGAUGGCCCUGUCUCCAUCCGUUUCAAUGAAGGAACUGAUUUUGAGAAGCUUGCUGCCACUGCUAGAAUCAUUCCUACAGAACAUUUCCGCUUCCGAACACAUGAACAGAUUCUUGAGUUAGCAAACACCUCCAGACAGCUCCCAGAUGUUAUUGGGGAGGUUCGUGCAAUUAGGAGCACCAUCACGGACCGUUUACCCGGAGCACAACGCGUGAUGCUUACUCUUCGUAUGGAGAGUGAUGUAAAUGUUUGUGUAAGUCUUUUUGAUUCCUUAGCUGUUGCGUUCCACACCAAGUUGGAUGGAUACGGGCGGGAGCCACGGAUUGUCCUCGUAUAUAUAUAUAUAUCAUUUCCACCUAUAUCAAAAAGAGGAAAAAAAUAUCUUGCAACAAUAGUAAUUUGAGCAGCCUUCUUAACAGCAUCUUUCACGCUCUUACAUCAAAAAGAAGAAAAAAAAAACAUUAAAUGUGUUUUUACUCUCUGUGUAAUAAUCAUAUAUCAAGAGCCAAGUGAAUGGCCCUUUUCAGUAACCACUGGACCACUAUAGAGAUUUAUAAGAUAUUAAGUUAUAUA